UAAUGCCUGCUCCCAGUUCAUUUCCGGACCAAACGUAGCGAUAUAUUUUGGCCACCCCUGAAUGAUCUCCCUCUUGUCUCUAGGAAUUGGCAUUCAUAUGUUAUCGGGUUUACGAUUAACUAUCCGGAAAAUUACUUGUCUAUCAUCGUGAUCUACUUUGAAGAUACCCCCCUACCUCUCAGGUAAAUAACAAAACAUCAUCAUGGAGACUGUGAACAGGGCCAUCGAUACUGCGUCCCAGGCUAUCUGGGGCGAGAACUCUUCUCAGUCGCAGUUGCAGCAGCAGCAGCAACAGCAUGGUUCUGAGCCUCUGUCUGGUGUGUCUGGCAAGGGCACUGUUACCGAUCCCUAUGACGCUGGAAACCGUGAUGAGCAACCCGCUGCUGCCACUCAGACCGGCGGUAUCGACCCUGCCAAUAGACCUGCUAGCUACGCAGCAUCCGGCAAUAGGAACUACCAGGCCUCUGGCUCUGAAUAUCCCGCUUCCGGCGUGCAGCCUGGCGAUGAGGGUGAUGCUUCUAGCAGCCAGAAGGGAAGAACCACUACUUCCGAAAUGGACUCUACCACCACCAACCAGGGCAGCGAAGGCGACAACCAGUCAUCGGAAAACACUUCUUCCGAAGAGUCCGAGAGUGCCAGACAGAAUGUGAGCAAGGAAGCUCUGGAAGGACCCCAGGGUCCGCCCCCAGAGCACUACGACACCAACGGACUUGUCGGCGAGCCAAAAAAGAGCCGCGGCGUGGUCAAUGACGGUGCUGAAAUCCGCCAGGACAACCCUGCUUCUUCCAACAAGCCCGGAAAGGGGAACAUAAGCGGAAAAGGAAGCAAGAUAGCUCAACUGAAAGAGAAGCUACACGGACACAUUUAAACCGUUUAAACUUAAUGUUGCUUUUCUCUCGCGACUGAAUGACACGCUACGAUCUGUUUGUUUGCUUCAUGUACUGUACAUCUACUAAUAUGUUCCUGGUUGAAUGUAUGACGUCAUUAAACUGAGAUGAGAUUCCUAUUUGCUUCUUAAAAGACAAUUAAUAUCUAGCACUGAUAUCUUUUAAGUAUACUUCCUGGUUCCUUCGAGAAAAUGCAGUCAUGGCCAAAGAUCUUAACAAUAUAAAAGCAAAGCCGGAAUCGCUGCUUUUUGCCGGUCAAUAGUAGUUAGUAGCACUGCGGGCGUGAUAAGUAUCUAUAUUCGCCGACGUUGUAAAAAGGAUGCGCCUUACGCUAGUGUUAUUAUCAGGUCAAGCAUAUAUAUAUAUAUACUACAAUCUCAUUUUCCUACUAGAAUGAACCGAGCUACAAUAUUUGGCUUGUGCAAUAUAUUAAUAGACGCCAGCCACUGAAAAUAUCACGUGACGAGACACA